AUGGCUCCCUCCUCGUCCUCGUCCUUACUCCUCCUUCUCCGCCUUUCCCCCGUUGCCUCGUCGCUCAGCCGAGGACGGCCCCAGGACGGCCAGCUGCGCAGGGGGUCUGGCACCCUGUCUUUCCUUCUUGUCUUUCUGCUGCUGAAGCCUGAUGAUGAUGAGAUGAAGAUGCCCAUGGUGAAGCCUCGCCUAGCCCCCGACCGGCUGGGGGACGCCCACCACCUCCGCAGCCCGACCACUCCCGCUUCUCACCGGCAUCGCUCAGACGCUCUGCCCCUUUGCCUGCCUGUGCGUCCGGGUUUGGUUUCUCUCCUUGCAAGUUGA